AUCCACUCACUGGGUGAGAUACCAACAGAUCUUGCGUUACUCCUUAUUUUGCUCCUGAACACCCACAGCUGAGAUGUCCUGUCAGCAGAGCCAGCAGCAGUGCCAGCCUCCUCCAAAGUGCACCCCCAAGUGCCCUCCCAAAUGCCAGACCCCAAAGUGCCCUCCAAAAUGCCCACCCAAAUGUCCUCCCAAGUGCCCCCCUGUGUCUCCCUGCUGUAGCCUGGGUUCUGGGGGCUGCUGUGGCUCCAGCUCUGGUGGCUGCUGUAGCUCUGGUGGCUGCUGCAGCUCAGGGGGUGGAGGCUGCUGCCUGAGCCACCACAGACCCCGCAGAUCUCUUCGUCGCCAUCGUCACAGCUCUGGAUGCUGUAGCAGUGGUGGCAGCAGUGGCUGCUGUGGCAGCAGUGGUGGCAGCAGUGGUUGCUGUGGCAGCAGUGGCUGCUGUGGCAGUAGCCAGCAGUCUGGGGACUGCUGCUGACCUGGGUGAGGAAGACUUCAGACAAAUGGUACAGGAGGAGCACAUGCUCAGAAGAUUCUCCAUUGUUUGAUGUCCUCUCCUCCUGCUUCCCUCCUUGCCCUGCCCUCUGAGUUGCUGAAAUCUCCUGGGAAAUGUUCUGUGUUCUCCUCAGGAUAUGAAAAUUUCACUUUUCCCCUUUGUUGCAAAUUAAAAAAGUCUUGAGAACCA